UCCAAGCCUUUCAAGGCCUGGAAAACUGUUCAAGACUACCUUGCCCAGCAUGAGCUACUAGCCAAGCUGACGGACAAGAACCUUGGCCUAGCGGUUAUGCCACUACAUUGGUACGACUCACAAAUUUUACAGAUGCUAUCUGAUGUCAGCACUUAUGAACAAGUCACAUCAAUACCCACAUCUGAGCUCGUCAAAGAAAUGAUCAGCCUCCUACCCUUUUGGAGACUUCCAAACCAAUUGGACAAGUACAUUCGAACACCCAAGAAGCUGGUGCUCCCUGAGUUCCAUUGUAUACCCAAGGUACACAAGGAACCAUGGGCGCUCCGACCCAUUGUACCUUCACAUUCAUGGGUCACAACAUCAGUGUCCGAAGUACUAGAUCAUCUUCUUCAGCCCCUCCUCGAGCGCUUCCCCUGGGUUGUUGCAUCUUCCAAAGAUGUCAUCCUACAAAUCGAGAAGGUGCGAACUACAAAUACAAAGCCUGUGGUGAUUGCAACUGGAGACGUGACCUCCUUUUACACAAACAUCCCACCCAAGGACUGCGCGAAAGUCAUCGCCGGUGCCUGGAAACUUUAUAUGAGUAGCUCGACCAUCCCAGCGUCUGCCAUCCGCAAAAUGGUAGAUUUUGUCAUGGUCAACAACUACUUUGGAUACCGUGGCACAACGUUCAGGCAGAAGAUGGGCCUAGCCAUGGGCACGUCGUGCGCCCCAGUGCUGGCCAACAUUUACGCUGCCUACUUCGAACGAAAAGCCAGGAUUGUCAAUCAAGAUGGAGUGUUACUCUAUGUUCGAUACAUUGACGACAUCCUCUGCAUAUUGCAGGGUACCAAAGAAGAACAAUCGGACUUUGUCGACAGGUUCCGCCUAGGAAACCUUACAGUCCGGUGGGACAGUUCACCGGUCCGGAAUGAGUUCCUCGACAUUGAGUUGCUGCGAAUUCCUCAUGAGAAUCAUCUCAGAGUCUGCCACACCAGACUCUUCCGAAAACCCAUGAACCGUUUUCUCUACAUUCCCUGGUCUUCAGCUCACCCCUUGCAUGUCAAGAAAGGCUUUGUCAAAGCCGAGCUCACAAGAUUUGCCAUUCUUUGCUCUAGAUACGAGUUCUUUGCAGAAGCCCGUAUGGAAUUUUAUGGCAAUCUCCGCCGGAGGGGAUAUCCGGUGGAGACACUGAGACAAUGGUUCCUACAGAUUCAAUAUGACGACAGAGCCCGUAUCCUUCUUCCCAAACAGAAGAUAGAUAACGGCGCACCACUCAUGUUGUCAGGCCAUUACAACCCAGUGUGGGAUUAUGUAGAUGUCAAGGAGGUGCUAGAUGCAGCAAGAUCGCUGUGGACAAAGGAAGAGCUGCCGGAGUCCCUCAAACAGCCGCUGAUUCGAAGCCUCGGUCGAACAACAAGCCUCUUCGACUUGUUAUCGACCUGGAACAAGACACUUUUGCUCCUUCCUUCGGAAGAGGGGCCAAGUUAG